CCACUAAGAAGAGGAAGAAUGGAGAAGCCGCUUAAAGCCAAAAAGGGGAUGUUUGGACUGAAGCUGAAGAAGAAGAAAAAGAAUAAAGCAGAGAAGGGGCUGAUCGUAGCCAACAAGGCUGCGCAAGAUGGUCAAAGUGACACGGAAGCAUCCCAGGAGAGACCUUUUCAGCAGGAGGGACCAGAAGGAGAUCUGAUACACGAGGAUGUGUCCGGCACUCCUGCCUUGUCAGCGCUUCCAAAAAGGAGAUCAAAACUGCAGACUAAGAUCCACGAUGGGGAGGUCAAGUCCCAAACCUAUCAAAUUUCCGUAACCAUCAUUGAGGCCCGCCAGCUGGUGGGUGAGAACAUCGACCCUGUUGUGACCAUCGAGAUCGGGGAUGAGAAGAAGCAAAGCACAGUGAAGGAGGGGACCAACAGCCCCUUUUAUAAUGAAUACUUUGUCUUUGACUUCAUUGGGCCCCAAGUGCAUCUUUUUGACAAGAUCAUCAAAAUCUCAGUCUUCCACCACAAGCUGAUAGGAAGCGUUCUGAUCGGCUCUUUCAAGGUAGACCUGGGGACUGUGUAUAGCCAGCCUGGCCAUCAGUUCUGUGACAAGUGGGCACUGCUCACAGACCCUGGCGACAUCAGGACUGGCACCAAAGGCUACCUGAAGUGUGACAUCAUUGUGACCAGCAAAGGCGACACCCUAAAGAGCAACCCCAAAACCUCCAACGCCGAGGAGCAAAUAGAAAAGAACCUUCUGAUCCCGCAAGGUUUUCCAUCCGAGAGACCGUGGGCCAGAUUCUAUGUGAGACUCUACAGAGCAGAAGGAUUGCCCAAAAUGAACUCCAGCAUCAUGGCAAAUGUCACCAAAGCAUUCAUGGGUGACAGCAAGGACCUGGUGGAUCCCUUUGUGGAGGUCUCCUUCGCCGGGCAGACGGGUCGCACCACAGUGCAGAAGAACUGUGCUGAUCCAAUUUGGCAUGAACAGGUGGUCUUCAAGGAAAUGUUCCCUCCCUUGUGUCGGAGGGUGAAAAUCCAGGUGUGGGAUGAAGGCAGCAUGAAUGACGUGGUGCUGGCAACCCAUUUUAUCGACCUGAAGACAAUCUGCAAUGAGCAGGAUGGAGAUAAAGGCUUCCUCCCGACCUUUGGACCUGCCUGGAUCAACCUGUACGGCUCCCCCAGGAACCACAGUCUGAUAGACGACUACCAGGAGCUGAACGAAGGCUCUGGGGAAGGAGUGUCAUUCAGGGGCAGGAUCCUGGUAGAAAUUGCUGUGGAAAUCCUCUCCGGAGGGGUCCAGGAGUCUAAAUUCUCCAAGGCCCUGAAGGACCUCAAGUUGACUUCCAAGGGCAAAGACUCCAGGUCAUCCAAAGGCUCCAGUAAGGACAAGGCUGACAAAGCUGAUGACGGAAAAGCCCAGCAGGCUUCGGACAAAACUAACUCUACCGAGGUCGAGGUGGAGUCCUUCGAAGUGCCCCCUGAGAUUAUACCAGAAAAGUAUGAGGAAUUUUUACUCUUCGGAGCAUUUUUUGAAGCUACCAUGAUUGACCGAAAGAUUGGAGAUAAACCCAUCAGCUUUGAAGUUUCUAUUGGUAAUUUUGGGAACCUGAUCGAUGGAGGGUCCCAUCAUGGGAAGAAGAAGAAAUCAGCGGAAGCAGUUGAGGAAGAUGCCCUUCCACUGCUGGAUGAAGGGGAAGCGGGUGCCGCUCACGAUGUUGCUGCCUCUAUGUCCACCACUCGCCCCGAGAAGCCUCUGGUGACAGAGGGGAACAGGAAUUACAACUACCUGCCAUUGGAGGCCAAGAAGCCCUGUGUGUCCUUUGUCAGUUCCUGGGGAGACCAGAUCUUCCGGCUGCACCGGUCUAACAUGCUGGAGAAGAUGGCAGACCUCCUGGAAGAAGGUAUAGAAGAAGUGAGAGAACUGAUCAAGAUUUCCGAGGAGGCACCGGAAGAGAAAAUGAAGGCUGUGCUCAAUGAUUUCAUCAGUCAAAGCAGUGCCUUUAUCUCUGAAGCAGAAAAAAAGCCCAAGUCACUCAACCAAACCACCUUAGAUAAGAAGCGACUCACACUCUGUUGGCAAGAGCUGGAGGCAAUGGCCAAGGAAGCCAAGGGGAUCACUCAGCAGCAGAAGAAAAAGUUCUCUCUUGAUGAAAUGAUCCAGGAAGCCCAGAACUUUGUGGGGAACAUCCGCUUUCUGGUUGAUGAGCCGCAGCACACUAUCCCUGACGUCUUCAUCUGGAUGCUGAGCAGCAACAAGAGAGUGGCCUACGCCCGCGUGGCCGCCAGGGACCUGCUCUACUCCCCCUCCAGGGAGCAGAUGGGCAAACACUGCGGGAAGAUCAAGACUCACUUCCUCAAACUCCCUGGGAAGCGUCCGGCUGGGUGGGCUGUGCAGGCCAAGGUCGAUGUGUACCUGUGGCUGGGCUCCACCAGAUUCGCCAGUGCCAUGUUGGACAACCUGCCAGCGGGCUACGAAGCAGAAAUGCCCUCCACAGCAGCUGGCCCUCCUUACGCCCCUUCCAAUCUGCUCUACCAAGCCCGACACAUCUUCCAGCUGCGGGCACACAUGUACCAGGCCCGCGGCCUCAUUGCCGCAGACAGCAACGGGCUUUCCGACCCCUUUGCCAAGGUCACAUUCCUGUCCCAGUGCCAGACCACAAAGAUCAUUUCCCAGACUCUGUCCCCGACCUGGAAUCAGAUGCUGCUGUUCAAUGAACUGGUACUGCAUGGGGACGAGAAGGAGCUGGCGGAGUCCCCACCACUCGUGGUGGUGGAGCUGUAUGACAGCGACGCAGUGGGGAAGCCGGAAUAUUUGGGCGCCACAGUGGCUGCCCCAGUUGUGACCCUGUGUGACCAGGACUAUGAGCCUCCCCAGCUGUGCUAUCACCCUAUCUUUUGUGGGACUCUCUCUGGAGGAGACCUCCUUGCUGUGUUCGAGCUGCUGCAGGUCCCUUCCACUGGGCUGCAAGCGCUCCCUCCCAUCGACCCGCCAGAUGUCACUCAGAUCUACCCAGUUCCUGCCAACAUCCGGCCAGUGCUGAGUAAAUACCGUGUGGAGGUCCUCUUCUGGGGAGUCAGAGAAAUGAAGAAGGUACAGCUCCUGUCCGUGGACCGGCCACAGGUUCUCAUCGAGUGUGGGGGACGAGGGGUGAAGUCCUGUGUGAUCCAGAGCUACAAGAACAACCCCAACUUCAGCGUCCAGGCAGAUACUUUUGAAGUGGAGCUGCCUGAGAAUGAGCUCCUGCACCCGCCGCUGAGCAUCUGUGUGGUGGACUGGAGAGCUUUUGGGAGGAGCACACUCGUGGGCACUUACACCAUCAACUGCUUGAAGCAGUUUCUGUGGAAACCCAGUGAGCCCCUGGCCUUGACUUCACAGAUGGAUGGAGCCCAAGCUGAGCCAGAUACUUCGGAUUCAUUAACACAGGAGGAGUCUCCUGAGCCCCCCAGUUCCUCCCAGGAUCCUCCCAAAGAUCAUAUCUAUGUGGACGUUGAGCCUCCUGCCACUGUGGUGCCCGACUCUGCCCAGGUUCAGGCUGCCAUCCUGGUUGACAUCCCUGAUUCAUCUCCGAUGCUGGAGUCUGAACACAAGUCUGCAGCCCAGGAGGUGCCUAAACAGGGACCAACCAAGGAUGUCAGGAAGCCUUCCCGGAGAUCUACUAAAAAGAAAAAGAGGACUAUAGUGGAUGAAUCUGCUGAAAAUGUCAUUGACUGGUGGUCUAAGUAUUAUGCUUCCCUGCAAAAAGCACAAAAGGAGGAGAGCAAUCCUAAGGAGAAAAAAGAAUAUACAGAGAGCAAACCAGAUGAGGUAGCAUUAGAAAUGGAAGAUGGCCCAAAGAAGAAAAAAGACAAAAUACUCAAGAAGAAACCCAAAGAUGGUGGGAAGGAUGGAAUCCCCAACCUGGCUGUCUUGAAGAUACUCGAUGGUGAUCUUGAGAGUGAAUUUAACAACUUUGAAGACUGGGUGAAAACUUUUGAGCUCUACAGAGGCAAAUCCAUGGAAGACGACCACAGUCUGGACGGGGACCGAGUCAUUGGGAAGUUUAAGGGCUCCUUCUGCAUCUACAAAAGCCUCGAGGAGUCUAGCUCUGAGGACAAGGGGCAGCUGAGAAUCCAGCAAGGGAUUCCACCAAAUCACCCUGUCCAGGUCCUGAUCAGGGUGUACAUUGUUGCGGCUUUUAAUCUUAGCCCAGCCGAUCCAGAUGGCAAAUCAGAUCCCUACAUUGUGCUCAGACUUGGCAAGACAGAAAUCAAAGACCGGGACAAAUACAUCCCCAAACAGCUGAACCCAGUAUUCGGAAGGUCAUUUGAGAUCCAAGCUACCUUCCCAAAGGAGUCCCUGCUCACCGUCCUGAUCUAUGACCAUGACAUGAUUGGGACAGAUGAUCUCAUUGGCGAGACCAAGAUUGACCUGGAGAAUCGCUUCUAUAGCAAACACCGAGCCAUCUGUGGCCUGCAGAGCCAGUAUGAAGUAGAAGGAUACAACGCCUGGAGGGACACAUCCAAACCCACAGAAAUUCUCACCAAGCUCUGCAAAGACAAUAAGCUGGAUGGACCCUACUUCAGGCCUGGGCAAAUACAGAUAGGAAGCAAGGUCUUUUCCGGAAAAACAGUCUUCACUGAAGAGGACACUGAAGAGACAGUGGAGUCUUAUGAGCACUUGGCCCUCAAGGUCUUACACUCCUGGGAGGAGGUUCCCGAGGUCGGAUGCAGGCUGGUUCCCGAGCACAUAGAAACUCGGCCGCUGUACCACAAGGAUAAGCCAGGAAUGGAACAGGGCCGACUUCAGAUGUGGGUGGACAUGUUCCCCAAGGACAUGCCUCAGCCAGGACCUCCUGUUGACAUUUCACCGAGGAAGCCCAAAGGGUAUGAGCUGAGGGUAAUCAUCUGGAACACUGAAGACGUCAUUUUAGAGGACGAGAACAUCUUCACAGGCCAAAAAUCAAGUGACAUUUAUGUUAAAGGGUGGUUAAAGGGUUUGGAAGAUGACAAGCAGGAGACAGACGUCCACUACAACUCGCUGACCGGAGAGGGCAACUUCAACUGGCGCUUCCUGUUUCCGUUCCAGUACCUCCCAGCUGAGAAGCAGAUGGUCAUCACCAAGCGGGAGAACAUCUUCUCCUUGGAGAAGACGGAGUGCAAGACGCCGGCGGUGCUGGUGCUCCAGGUUUGGGAUUUUGAAAGGCUGUCCUCGGAUGACUUCCUGGGCUCCCUGGAAAUGAACCUCAAUAAUUUCCCUCGAGCCGCCAAGUCUGCCAAAGCCUGUGAUCUCUCCAAGUUUGAAAAUGCAAGUGAAGACAGCAAGAUCUCUAUAUUCCAGCAAAAGCGCGUGCGUGGCUGGUGGCCUUUUGCUAAAAGCAAAGAGCUCACAGGCAAGGUAGAAGCAGAAUUCCACCUCGUUACAGCAGAAGAAGCUGAGAAAAGUCCUGUGGGGAAAGCUCGGAAGGAGCCCGAGCCCUUGGCCAAGCCCAACCGCCCGGACACUUCCUUCUCUUGGUUUGUGAAUCCCUUCAAAUGCCUGUACCACCUCAUCUGGAGGAAUUACAAGAAGUACAUCAUCAUCGGCUUCAUCCUCAUCAUCCUCAUCAUCUUCCUGGUCCUCUUCAUCUACACCAUGCCCGGGGCGAUCAGCCGAAGGAUUGUAGUGGGCUCCUAGGGAUUGUGGAGGACUGGACCGACCCUUUUCCCAGGCCCUGUCCACUUCCUGAGGGGGAGCAUCAGAGAACAAGAACUGCGAGAAGCACUAUGUGAGAGGACAGGCCUGGAGGACCCGAGGAUCCCCCCAUGUUGAAGGGAUGGUGGCUGUUCCUGGAGGGGGAGAAACAGUCUCUCCCUGCCCCAUCCCCUGCCUCCAUCUUUCCAGCUCCACGUGCCCCAGGCAGCAGGAAGUGAUGACUGCGCCAUCUUGGGACGACCAACCAUGACCUUAGAUGGACCUGAGAGAAAUUUUCUUUAUGUAAUUGGCUGUUUUGGGAGAAAUUUAACUCUGGAUCUGAGAUUUUAUUAGAAAUAUUUGCUUUUAAAUAAAAUUUUACUGCAAAAAGACUGAAAGUAUUUUAGCAAACUAUUAGACAUUUAACCCCUCUCGUCUACUUUAGCCUUAUUUAAUCCUUACAGUUUGUGGAACACAUGCACUUACUCAGGCUGUGAAAUCAGCUUGGAUAAAACAUCUACAAACCAUCUGAAAUACUUCAGUGUUGAAAUUCACAUUCCGAGACAAGAUGUUGCUUUUUAAAAAUUAAAACCAGUGGUUCUAGAAUGUGUUCAGUAGCAAUCAUGAGUUCAAAGAGAUUCAUUUUGAUGUAUGUUUCAUGCAAUUGCCAAAUGGUAAUUUUAUAAAUUGAUCUAAAACAUGUGAAGUGUAAGUGUGAGUAUAUGUGUGCUUGGGUGCAGGAGCUCCACGCAGCCCAUGGGAAUUCUCCUUCACCUGGUACCCAAGCCCCAACAACCCCCAAGUCCCUACAGCCCAGGAAAACCAUGCGUGUCCUUGGCACGGCUUGGCAUUUAGUGUGACAAAAGUGUGUGCCUGGUCUCAGAUGAGACUUCAGCACAAAGGAAUCUCAAAGCCAGUCUUGGAAAGAGUAACCUAGGCACUUGCAACCGAGGGCCUGUUUUCCUUGAAAGUAAACUUCCGAUUUUCAUCACAGUCUCCAUAUGCCACUUACCUAAGGCACAAAGGUGAUGGAAGGGGAUGAUUUUCUCAAAUAUAAUUUUAAAAACCCAGAAUUUGAGUACUUGGCCUCAAGUCCCAUGCAAAAUGUUUAACUUCAUACACAAACAAUUAUGUCAACCAUUUCUUUCUGUGACUAAAGGUCAUUUCUGGUGGGACUGAGGAAACCGGGUUGGGGUUCCCCCCCUUGACCCCAGAGGCACCAGGGCCAGCGUUCUGGUUUGUGUUUACUUUUUACAGCUUUGUGCGGUGUGACUCUCCUGAAGGAAAGUCUUUCCAUCUGCAUAAAAAGUCACUCAGAAUGUCCCUGCUCCAUCACAGAAAGACCAAAGCACGUUCUGUGUGACUGUGGACUUAGCUGGAAUUCUGGCCCCAGAUGCUCCCCCCAUUAGCAACUGAUGCACUCCGUCCCUGGAAUGCUGAAAAAUGGGGCACUGGGCGCAUGAAAGUAUUUUUCAGGGAGACUGGUUACAUCUGUGCGGUUCGUUCUCCCUGUGCAGACAUGUGCCAUCAGCACUCAUGAUGGCCAAAAACAUACAGUUAGAAAACUUUCUAUGACACAUGCUGAAAAAGUGAUAUACACAUACACAAAAAUGUCUGGAGCAGUGUGCCAGCGUUCAUCUGUACGUGAUUAUGUAACGUUUUCUCUUCCUUCUCUUAGAAGUUCAGCAAUAAGCAAGUGUGAAUUUCAGUGUAGAGCUAAAUAAGUAGGCAUGCUCACAGGUCAGUCUCAAAAAUGCUCUAAUGGGCUGGGCAGUGUGGUGGCAGUGGAGAUAGGAUGCACCCUGUAACCAGGACUUUGCUUCGUGGCAGUGGUCCAAGAUAUUAUUUUAUCUUCAAGUUACGGGUACAAGAUAUGGAAUGUGUUUCAUGGCUGAAGCUUUUAAAAGCACAUAUAUUUCUGGUAUUGUUAAAAAGUAAAAGAACAGCAUUAAUUUAGUAUAAAUUUGGAAGUAAGAUGCUAUCUUUCUCCCGGGUUCUGAAAGAAAAAUGACAGAUAAACUCCAAAUGAGACAGUGCACAGAUUCAAACCCACAAUUCAGCAGCCCAAGGCUGGCAGCCGUUCUCAGUGAGACAGAGCUCUCUAACUUUCCUCUGAUGGCACACAAUGUCCAAGUAACAAAAGGCUCAUCAGCAGGAGCGUUUGAGACACUCUUGGAUGAGAUGCCCUCAUAAAAAGUAAGUGAGAAGCAGGAAGGGUGGUUUUGGAAGCAGCCACGUCUGUCUGGUAUGCUAUACAUAGAGUGUCGCAUAUGGCCUGUCCUGUGUCCAAAAACCUUGAUAAAUAAAAUAAUUCUCCAUGCUUAAUCAUGCAGGCCUGUGCCUAAAAAUGUUACAGUAAGAAUGGGCGGGCUGGAAUGGGAGAGCCUGUUUUCCAAGAAGUUGUCAGGAGCUCAAUUUGUGUUCUUAAAUAAAAUACAUUUAUUCACUUGA